AUGGAAAAGAAUACUAAGCUUGAUCUACAGCUCAGUUAAACUAAGAAUUAUGUAAGAGUCAGUGUUAUUCCCCCUGAUGACUUAGAAAGACAUCCCUGUAACAUAGUUUGCUUAGUCGAUGGCUCUUUAUCUAUGGGAUCCAAGUUAGUGAUUCAUUAAAAGAAUGGAGGCAAAAAGGAAUCUGAUAUGACAACUUUGGAUUUAGUAAAACACACAGUGAAGACUAUAGCAAGUUCAUUAAAUCCUUAAGAUAGAUUAGCUUUAGUGGGAUUCAGUACUCAUUCCAAGAUAUACUUUGAAUUGACAGAAAUGGAUGAUUAAGGCAAGAAUGUAGCUUUUACUGAGAUUGAUAAGAUGUGGGCAGGAGGUUAAACAAAUAUUUGGGGUGGCCUUUAAGAUUCCCUAGAGGUUAUUAAAAAGGGAUUCAGACCUAAUUAAAAUGUAUGCAUUUUUCUGUUCACAGACGGAAGACCUACUAUGAUUCCUGCUAUAGGGCAUGUAGAAAUGUUAAGAAGAUGGAAAGAAUAACAUCCUGCUAUUUAGUUUUCUAUUUUCACAUUUGGAUUCGGAAAUGAUUUAGAUACAGAUUUGAUGCUAGAAUUGUCUCAAGAAUAAAAUGGAAUAUUUUCUUUCAUUUCUGAUUCCAGCAUGCUAGGAACUGUAUUUUCUAAUGCUCUGGCUAACAUUCUCUCUACCAUGGCAAACAACGUUCAUUUAAAUUUAUAACUUUCAGAGGGUUAUACUUUUGAUGGAGAAGGAGUUAUGUAAAGUUAGUCGUUUUAAGCUAAGAAAACUAAUAAAAAUACAACUUUAGAUCUCAAUUUAGGGCUUAUCAGAUAUGGUCAGACUAAAGAUUUAAUCCUUAAGAUUCUUCCAUAAUAAAAUAGGAAACUAUCUGAUGUGAAAAUAACUUAUACACUUAAAUAUAAAUUGUUUGUUGGAGAUAAUCCUUAAGACAUAGAAACAGUUUCACAGAAAGAUGUUUAAGUAGUUUAAAAUGCUAUGAUAGAUGAUGAAUGUCACUAUGUGCGUUUUUUAUUUAUUGAAAAAAUAAAACAAAGCAUACUCAGAAUGAAUACAGGUUUUUAAGACAGAGCUAUCAAAAAUAUAGAUGACCUUCAAGUAGAAAUUUAGAAUAAAGCAAAAGAAAAUGAUGCAAUUGUUGCAUUUUUAGAGUGCAUCCUCUAAGAUUUACAAGGAGAAGUUAAACUUGCUUUUUCUAAUCAAGAUCAUUUUAAAAACUGGGGAGUUAACUACUUGCCUUCCCUCUGUUAGGCUCAUUUUUUGUAACAAUGUAGCAAUUUCAAAGACAAAAGUCUUUAAAACUAUGGAAGUAUUUUAUUCAAGAAAAUAAGAGAAAUUACAGAUAAAAUAUUCUGUGGAAAUAAAUUCAAGUCAUAGUUUAUUAACGAUGAUAGGUAGCUCUAUGCUAAGUUUUACGAUUUAGUCAACUUGAAUGAUUUCUACGAUGUUAGUGGUGGAUGCAUUCAUGGUAAAUGUAAAGUUUUGUUAGAAAAUAAUCAAUAUAAGAAUGUAGAAGAAAUUAGAAAAGGUGAUAUUGUUAUUUGCCCAAGAAUAGGAAAUAAAGCAGUUAAAGUCGUAUGUGUAGUAAAGACAUUAUGUACAGGCAGUAAUCAUAGUUUUGUCAAAUUAGGCAAUCUUUUAAUAACUCCUUGGCACCCUGUCCGCUUAAUGCAUGAAUAAUAGUGGUAGUUCCCUUCAUCCUUAGGUCAGACUAUAUUUGAAUAAGCUGAUGCAGUUUAUAGCUUUUUGCUUGAAGAUGGUCAUUCUAUGAGUAUUGAAGGAGUUGAAUGUAUUGCAUUAGCUCAUAACAUCUCAGAACCUGUAGCAUAACAUGCUUACUAUGGAACUCAUAAGAUCGUUGAUGACCUCUCUAACUUAUAAGGAUUCAGAGAAGGAUAUGUGAUAGUUAAUUAAUAGCAAACAAAGCGUGAUAAAUUAACACAUGAAGUCAUUGGAAUAUAAUAAAAUUUAGAAAUAAAACUUUGA